GGGUGGCUGUGGCUCUGGGUUGGCGGUCCGAUCCCCAGUUCCUCCGUGUCCACAUGUCGAAGUGACAGGCCAGUGCCUUGCAUGGCAGCUCCUUCGCCAUCGGUGUGUGAAUGAGAGGCCAAUUGUAAAGCACUUUGUCCUUUUUAAGGUAGAAAAGCGCUAUGCGUAAUUUUAUCCACUUCCCCUCUGUAACAUACCAUUAGACAUAACAAUCUGUAGCAUCCUCCCACACAGAAGCACCUGUCCCACACAAUGCCCCACUAUCAGCCCCCCCUGUUAUUAAACCCACAGCUCCUUUACUUCACUGACCCUCCUCCCUCCCUGCAGGUAGUCAUUGAUCUGAACUCCUGGGAGGAUAAGAUCAGGUUGACCCCCGGGUCACAGAUCCAGCCCCCUGCGGGACAAAGACCACUUUGUGGGUCCCCCCUGUCAGGAACCCACCUCUGUUAAAGCCUCAAAUACCUGCACAGGAACCAAACCAUGAUAAUCACCUGCUCAGGUGUCACCUGAUAGCCAAUAAGACCUGAACUGAAUGGGCUAAAGGUCCCCCCACCUCCUCAGGUAGGACUGAUAAACACAGUUAGUGGAGCUGAGAGUUUAUUCUGUUAGGAAACAACACUACAAGAGCACUCAAACGGCUUCUACCUUCUCUAUUGGCUGCUAAUGUCCACCAGAACUGUCUGAGUCAUUACAAUGACGCAGAGUUUAACACUAAUCUUUAUUCAAUGAAGAACCCCCAACUUCUACAGCUGCCACCCCACGAAUAAGGUACAAGUCAUGUUUCUGAUAUGGAUUUUCAUGCUAUCUGCUGUUCCAAAUGCACUUUCUGGCAGCUCCAUCUUUUGCCCAGACCCAGAGGCCAGCGACCACAACACAGAUCACAUGAUUGAUUGUCUCGGCCUGCGCUUCACCUGGCUCCACUCGGUCUUUGAUAAUUUCCCCUCGCUGCUGAAUUUUGCUCUGGAGCUACGCUGUGCGACGGGGCUUUGUCCACGGGACCUGGAAGAUUAUGGCUGCUCCUGCAGAUAUGUGGCCGCUGGAAACCCUGUGGAUCCUCUGGACGUCUGCUGUGAGACUCACAGGCUGUGUUACCAGAACUCUGCCCCCUGCAGGCAGGAGCUGCCGCUCCUCCCAAACAACUUCACCUGUUCAGCAGCAAACACCAGCUGUGAUGCUGGUGAUUGGUGUCUGCAGAGGUUUUGUGAAUGUGACCAGGCUGCCAUUGACUGCAUGACUCAGAGCUCAUACAACGCCACACUGAGAGGCCUCGCCGAGUCAUCCUGCUCUGCUACAAAUCAAACAGAUGUGCUCAGCAGCACCGCGGAGACCAGCGAAGCCUCCAGAGGAGCAGAUGUUCUCUCAGCAGGAAACGAUUCUGUGAGCUACCCGCUCUCCAACUCUUCCCUCCUGUCAGCAGAAAUGGACCCGCUAAUGACCAGCAGAGUGGAUAACCGGAGCGACACAGCGGGGAUGGAUGGGGACCUCAUCACCCUGCCUCCAGGCCCGGCCCCCAUACUGACGCCUGCUGAGUUUGAGGAAGGUGAAGGUGGUGCAGAGGAGGUAGGAGGAGAGGAAGAGGCGACACACACAAGUUUCAUCUCUAAAGAUUUGAAUGAGGCUGUGACAGAGGAAGCACUAGAGCUGGAAGAGAUAAAUAAGGAUCAGACGACCCACAAUCCUUCAGCAAUCAGCCCUGAUUCAGUUUUGUUCGUCCACGACAGAGAAACACUGAGCGAAGCAGAGUCAGAGCCGACCAGACGCUCUUCUCUGAGCUUUGGAGAUGAAAACAUGGCGACGUCUUCAACACCAGCAGCUUCACACGUCGACAUCACACCUUCCAAUCAGACUACAACACCAUCUGAGGAAGGUUCAGUCGACAUCACAACUUCAUCACUGCCAUCAGCAAAACCACAAAUCAGUCCAUCUGAGAAAAUAACCAUAUCCAGUGCGAUGGCCUUAAAGUCAUCUGAGGAGGAGGAUGAUGAUGGUGAUGCUGAAGGGGAGCAGGAAGCUUCAGAUGAACAUGUCAAGGAUAUUCUCACAACUGCCAAAACAGUCACAACACAGAGUGUAACCACUGAGGAGUCCAACGAGCUGACCGGAAGCUCGACGCCGUCCGCUUCUCUAACAGGUGGAGAAGGUGUCUCCUUUACACCAGCAACACCUCCAGCUUCAGAGGAGGGAGCAGAGCAGGGUGUCGGCAAGGAGAACACAAGUUUCCUGAGAGCAACUGAAGCCACUUUCACAGAAAUUAUUACCAUGGUGACAAAAAGUCCUUCAACAACAAGUUCACUACCAGAAAGCGACCCCGUCAGAACUGCUGACACUUCCUGGGAGGAAGACUUCAGACUGCAGACACCUGCUGCUGCUCUCAGUCCCCUGAGCCGAGGACAGGCAACGCAACAGUCCACAACCUCAUCACCAACUUCAAUGAGAAGCGUCUCACAGACAACACAAGGAAGCCGACUCACCUCCAUCAAACCGAGAUCAGACAUCAACACGUCCACCGGAACCACAACAGCAACCUCGUACACAAUGACUGAAUCUGGAGAGCUGGCAGACAGCUCGCAGGAGAAAGACACAGAUGACUGGGAUGUGGCUCAGAAGAGGACGGUGCCGUUCUUCGCCUGGUCCCUGCUGGAGUCUGUGGGGUUGACUGACAUCCAGCUACAGCCAGACAGCAAAGAAUGCAGUCGCUCCUUCACCCUGCACAGCAGCGAUGGGCAAGCCAGACGGGAGAUGCCGGCUCUGGGGGAGAUGCUCCACUGCCUGACGGGACGAUGCCCCCAUGAGUACGAGAUGUACGGCUGCUACUGCGGACACGAGGGCGGGGGUCAACCUCUGGACCAGCUGGACAGGUGUUGCUUCUUCCAUCACUGCUGCCUGAAGCAGAUCAGCUCCAUGGGCUGCAGGUCAGAAAGGAAGCUCAGCGCUCAGAUCUCCUGUGAGAACGGGAAACCACGAUGUCAGGGCGUCACUGUAUGUGACAAGCUGCAGUGUGUGUGUGACAAAACCACUGCAGAGUGUAUGGCAGCGGCCCACUUUAACCACAGCCUGCCGUCGCAGCGGUGCCGCGGCCCCGGACCUCCCUGCCGCCGGGCCAGCAGACCCCCCAAACCACGCCUUUCCUCUGAGUCCAGCGAGGACAGCGAGGAGCCGGAGGGAGGACGCUCUGACGUGGAUGAUCCGACGCCCAACGGCAUGCAGGAAACAUCGACGGCUACAAACACACCUCCACCACACCGAGUUCAGAACAGUGAUGAAAGCUCUGACCUGAAGGACGAGGAGAAGUCAAAUCCUCCUGCUGGAUCGUCUGGCAGCUCCACACGUCCUCCUCCUCCAACUCCUCCUCCCCCGUCCAGUGAGGAGAGCAGAGAGUCGCCGACACACAGCGGGAUUCAAACCCACAACCACAGGCCGAGUGCAGGGCAGAGCCAAGGUCACCGACCAGCAGGGAGACCAGCAGGGCCCGGGGUGAAAGGUGAAGAGGAGGAGGAGGAGGAGGAGGAGGAGGAGGAGGGGGGAGGAGAGGAGGAAGAAGAAGAAGAAGAAGCGGAGAACAGAAACUAGAAGCGAAUGUAUUGCUUUUCAAAGGCAGCUUUGGGAUUUGAAGAAGUCAUUUUGGGGCUUCAUUGUUUAAACAUUAUUGUCAGGUAAUUUUGUUCCCAACAACAGAAGUUGUAAUUUAUAGAAAUGACGUCAAAAAUCAAAUAUUUACUUUGAUUUAUCAGGUUUUCUUCACAGAUUUGUGAACUGCAAAAAUGCUUUAGAGCACAUCAAGGAAAGAAGUGAAUUUAUUAAAAAAAAUAAAUAAAUAAAAGCAAACAUA